UUUCUUUAUAUAUAUAUAUAUAUUUAUAUUCAAAUCUUCAUCAUGUCUGACGAUAGCCUUUCUGCACUUUCCCAAAAAUACCAGCAGCUCAAGACUGAGGGAAGCGAUUCCAAUGAUAAUAAAUACAAGGUUAUGAAGGCCAUGGCUGAUCAGUUGGGAUUACCUGGUACUCCUGCGGCUGAUAUCCUUUCACACUUUGGAAAGCCUGAUGAAUUGACACCUAGUCUUCAACAACAAGGCCAAGCUCACAUUGCAACCAUGCCCGGACCUGCAUUUGAUGCUGCUACUGCUAGUGCUCUUGGGGGUAAUCAAUCCAAUUCCUCAUACUACUUGGUGUAUUAUCUGAAGAGCAAGAACGAGUACUUAUACUUCAAGGUUGAUUCUGCAAAAGAGACCGUGAUUACUUCAGACUGGAAUCUCGGUCAAUAAAUACACAUACAUACAUACAUACAUUUAUGUAUACAUUGUGUACGUCACCAUGUUUUUGUCUUUUACUUUGUUUGUAAAUAAAUGAAAUAAUAAUCC